GGCGGCGCGGGGAAGAUGGUGGCCACCAGGCAGGCGGCGCGGCGGGGGGAGCCGCGCCCGGCGGCCGCCGGGGGCACGGGGAGCCCUCGCGGGCGGGAGCCGCCCGGCGCGGCGGAGAUGGCAUCUGCUGAAAAUAGUACUCCUGUACCUAUGAGGAUGACUAGAAGAAGGAGUAGAGCAACUUCUAGGCCAGAGGUAAUUCAUGAAUCUCAACUUGAAGAGCUGGAACAUGCAGAAAAAAAAUCGGAUGUCAGUGAUACCUUAGAGAUGCAAAUGACUAGAAAUCAGAACAAAACUGUUGCAGAAUCAGUUGCUGAACCACAAGCUGAUGGAGAUUUGUCAGAAACAGAAUCAAACUGUUCUUCUGUGUCUGGUCUUCAUACACCUUUGAUUAUAAGGGUUACAAGACGACGACAAAUAGUAGUUCCUUAUCAGCCAGAUUCUCCUUCCAAAAAGAGGCGUGACAAGACAGCUUUUCUAAAUGAGUUAAGCAGAACUCAAGAUGAAGAUGAUGUCUCUGAAGCUGAGUCUUGUUCUUCUGCUGUUUCUGGUGUCCGAAUACCUGAUGUUACCAGAACUACAAGUAGGCAAAGCAAAAAGAAAGUGCAAUCAGAUCCAAUUUGUGAAGCCCAGGAUGAAGAUACUUCUGAUGCAGAGUCAUGCUGUUUUCUUACCGAACCAUCUGUCACUACCAAACGAAUUACUAGGAGCAUGCGAAUGAAAUCACAAACAGAAAAUACUGAGCAGACUGAGAAAGUAAACAAAGCUGUUUCAGAAGAUCAGAAUUUAGUUGAAGACACAGUUAAAUCUGAGCCAGUAACAAUUUCUGACUCUAGACCUGCUGGAAAAUGUCUCUCUGAUACAGGAGAAGAUGUUGCCUCUCUCAGUCAGGAUAAUAAAGAACCCAAUUUUCUUAAGAGCAAAUGUUCUCCCAGAUCUGCCAGUACAACCCUGAGAGAAGAUGUGAAGCAAGAUUUUUUGAAUGAUACGACACCCAGUAGUCUUGCAAAAGUAGCACAGAGAAAUAUCACUGAAUCACCUAGAAUAAAGGAUAUACAGACUGUUGGAGUAGCUGACUCAAAGGAAGAGUGUGGCCAAAUACAAGAAGAGUGCAGUCAGAUACUUAUGGUGGGGGGGAAAUUAAGGAGCAUGGAUCUUACUUUGACUGACUACAUGAGUCUCAAACAAUCUUUAGAAUCCGAAGGGCAAAUAAUAUCAAAUAGAAGUAAAAAAAAAUCAGAAGAGGAAAGAGCAGAUGCUGAGACAGCUGUACAGGAGUCUUUCAACCAUACUGAUGAAUUAAGCAUGCAGAAGCAAUCCAGUGAGGUGAGCAGCCCACAAAAGGACAUACCUAUUGCACAAACGACUGAUAAUGUUGGCAAAUCCAGAAUGCUUGAAAUCAGUAUAGGCAGUGAUGAAGACCAAACAGGACAACAUACUGAACCUGAAUCCCAUGGCAGCAAAGGAUCAAACAGGAAAAAUGAUUCUUUUGCGUUGUUUCUGAGUAAAGGUGAAAGCAGUGAAUCUGAAAAUAGUGAUGACGUGUGUAUAGGGGAAAAGGAUCAGAAUUGUAUAGAAGCAGAUGAGAGGACACCUUCCUUGAACAAAUCUUUAGAAGACAAUUCACUGCAUGCUGAAGGACUUUUUGUAAUCGAUACUGAGCCAGGCAUGAGUUCUAGCCAAAAGUAUUAUCUAGAUCAGGUAGACCUAGUUAGUGAUGCUGGAAGUAAGCCUGACGGAAGUGCAAAAGUUGAAGAAUCAUCUGAUCUGGAAGAGGCUGAAGAGGAAUUGCUAGAUGAAGAUGAGAAAGAUGAAGAAGACGAAUUGUUGAAAAAUAAGAUUGAUGUUUUACAUCUGUCCAGCAGCAUAGAUCCUGGUUUGAAUAUCAAGAAGCUUGGAGGUUUAUAUAUUAGUUUUGAUGCAAAAAACCAAAAACCUAGCUCAAAUGUAAUUAAGCAACUGAAGGAAAAAAAGAAGGAUGAGCUCUUGCAAAAAAGUAUAAUAACUCCAGAUUUUGAAAAGAAGGAAUGUGUUCCACCCUUUAGGGAGUCCCUUCACCAGCUGAAGAAACAGCGCAAGGCAGAGCGAGAGAAAACAACAGGUGAUGGUUGGUUUGGUAUGAAAGCUCCAGAAAUCACAAGUGAACUGAAAAAUGAUCUCAAGGUUUUGAAGAUGAGAGCUUCAUUGGACCCUAAGCACUUUUAUAAAAAGAAUGACAGAGAAGGUUUUCCAAAAUAUUUCCAGGUUGGAACCGUGGUUGAUUCUCCCAUAGACUUUUACCACAGCCGAAUCCCUAAGAAACAAAGGAAAAGAACAAUUGUUGAAGAGCUGCUUGCAGAUUCUGAGUUUAGAAGAUAUAAUAAAAGGAAGUAUCAGGAGAUCAUGAGUGAAAAAGCAGCUUUUGCAGCAGGGAAGAAGAAUCGGAAGAAGAAGAAGUUUCACAAUUAAGACUUGAAGAAAAAAAUAACAAGCUGGAACUACUUACAUGUUAUAAACUACUUUACAGAA